GAACGCAAAUGGCGUGGCCUGCCAUAUCGAAUCAUCACCCAACGUAUUAAGCAGCUUAACAUCGUUCCUGAUGUACUACCUAAAUUUGAACCUAUCGUUGACGUCCAGAUGUGGUUCCGGCGAAUCAAGGUUACCCCUGGUGAGAUUUUGGACUCACGGAUCACGGAAGUGCCGCCACGCUUGAAGGUCCAAGUCUUUAAUCCUGGCGAGCGUCUCGUUUCGGUCGUAGUUAUGGACUCGGAUGUUCCCAAUGUAGAGACAGAUUCCUUCGACAGGCGGUGCCAUUACCUUUCGGCAAACAUACCCAUCUCUCCUAAUGAGCAAUCUUUACCCCUUGGUAAGGCUAAUAAGGAGACUCAAUUAGCUGUGCCCUGGCUCCCAGCCUUCUCUCAGAAGGGAGCUCCGUACCAUCGCCUGUCUGUCUUUAUUCUAGAGCAGAAGGCUGGCGAGACUUUGGAUAUCAACAAACUACGCGAGCUUUACUCCGCUCGAGACGGAUUCAGUCUUAAGAGCUACCGGGAUAAGUUCAGUCUGACCCCUGUCGGCUUCAAUAUCUUCCGUACCAUUUGGGAUGAAGGCACAGCCGGAGUCAUGGAGAGAGCCGGCAUGCCGGGCGCCGACGUCGAGUUCAAGAACAAGAGAGUUUACUCAAUGAAGCCGGAAAAGAAGGCCAGAGGUUGGGAAGCGAAGAGGCAGAAGCCCAAGUACAAGAGCUUAUGGAAAUACAGCAAGAGAAUCCAUGGCAUCUCAAACCGACGUCGGUAGAUGUAUUAUCCAAUAUAGUGUAUCAUAUAUACAUGUACAAAACAAGAAGAAUUGUAGAUGGAACCGAGAUAUGUCGAAAGCUUGGUCGUGACGAAUUUCAGCACAGCAUGACACCUCUUCACAGAUAAGUAUUCAAACCCCUUAAGUUUAGACUUAAUGAUCUAGGUCAAAGGAGCUACUAGCCCAAUAAGAGCGAGGCAAUUAUUGAGAGGUUCCUAAUACGACCCCCUAAAUCCCCAGACUAAUACGAGACACAACGACCACAUCCAAUACUCCAGACCAGCCCUAUGCUUAUCCCUAUCUCAGCCUAACUAAACUUAACAUUCAAAUACGACAUCCCAGGCUCCACCACAUCCACCCCCACCGCCUCUCCCACCGCGUCC